UAUCACGGUUAUCGUCCAUAGAUAGACCUGGAUUUUCCUUCCUCACUUGGCCGACUGUCGUCAUCGUCUCUCAUUGUUUGUGUUUGUAUAUCUCGAUCAUAUUAUCCGCAAGAUGGCUACUUCACCUUCGACCAUGACAUUUGCCCCCCAUCAAUCAUCACCACUUGCCAGGACAAUGUCGCCUUUCAAAGAUGCUCGGCAACCGCCGCCAUGUACACCUGCAAAGACAGCGAAGCUAUGGGACGAAUAUGAAAAAAGAGCCUUGGAGAAUGCAAGGGAACGAGAUUCGUUAACGCAGGUACAAUACGCGCAACGGUCCUCUGGUCCUGACAUGGCUAAGGGCUACGAGCCGAACUCCGCGCCAACAACUACUACGACUCGGUCAAGUUUCGACUUUAAGUUCAGAAGGGUGCGCGCCGCGACACCAUCCACGACUGUCUCUAUAUGCAAGACCUGCAAACAGCCCAUUACUUACGCGUCGGGCAUAUGCGAGCGCUGUAUGAAGAAGAUCAUCCUACCUGCACCUACUGGCGAAACAACACCACCUCUAAGCCCCUCAUCACGCAACUUUGCGUCGGUAGACCUUGAACAACUACACAAGACGUCGACCUUGGAGGAUAACAAUAUGCCAACAUCAACAUCUCCAAAGCGCAUGUCCUUUUGUCCGCUCCCAACUCAACUGGUCGACCCGCCAAUUAGGCUAUCCUCUCUGCGGCCGCCACCCAUCAUGCAAGGAACAUGUGUGGAACCAAAUCGAAGCAGAAAAGCUUCGCUAACCGACCCCAACGAGCCCUUCCUCCGCCUCCAAGUAGCCCAUCAAUCCUACCAACCACAAUCGUACUCGCACCCUACAACACCAACGUACAGCAACAUACCCACAACACCGCCCUCAACCCGGCCAUCCAGUCUCGCCAAUAUUGCAUCAAUACCCACAUCGACAUACCCGUACGACCGUAAGACUAGCGUCACACCUUCAGAACUUAGUGCCCUGUACCCAUACGCUUCCAACACUACGACCAGCCCACCCAGUCUAUGUAGAGUCAGCGACGCGCAGCAGAAUACGACGAGUGCGUGGGAUGACUGGGACAGUGACGAUGAGGAGAAGGUGCGGCUUGUGGGGUGGAUAGGGCGAAAAAAAGGUGGGAAGAAGGGCAAGGAGGGAAGAGCGAGCAAGGAUAGCUUCGAGAGUAUGGGCGCGAUAGAAGAAGCGAAGAGAAAAGCGAAGCAAAGUCGGGAAGACGAGCGGUUGGAGCAGGUGCGACGGGACACGCUGGAGUUGGUGAGGGCUAGCAAAAGUAGCAACGCGACGAAGAAGAAGAGGCCGAGGGGGUUUGUGAGAGUCAUCAGUUGCGGGUGUAGUCAGGCCUGAGCUUUGUUUGGCCUCAUUCAUUUGUCAUUUGGGCGUGCGUGAUCAUGAUUGUUGGUUUUCUUGGGCAUUGGCACGGAUGGUGUUUCGGGACUGGAAAAGAACGUGUUAUGACUUAUGGUUCACAAAACGGCGGUUAGUAUGAAGGUAUGCAUUAUGGAUUAGAGCGAAGUAUCUAGAUAAGAUCACGACCGACUCGAGCGCUCAGAGAGGUUCUUUCUCUGUUACUAGUCACCACGGCUCAGCAGCGUCGUUCAUUCAUCAGCAUCAAUAGCAACACUCGCAAAUCAGGCAGAAACAUUACCACCUCGUAUCAUGUCCAUUGCAUCUCCACAAACAAACUACACCUUGAUCUCCUCUACCAGUCAUCUCACCGCAGCUCCCGCGCAGAGACCACCUCAUCACCCGCAAUGUUGCUCAAAGGACCGCCAACACACGACCCGCUGGCCGCCCACCGCCCA